UGAAAAGACAAGAGUCUGACUAGUGCUCGUCUACUGCUUUUUACUAUCUAUCGUACAUAUGCAGACAUAGGCACAUGUCCAUCAACCAGGCCCGACAUUGAGGCCCGACGUUAGCGUGCCGUCAAUUCACUGGUCUCCAUACCAUCCAUCUGCCCCUCCUCCCCUCGUAAACCGAGUCUUUGUCUCGGAACCGACCAAAUCGGACACAAAAUACAUCUCCGACCACCAGUUGCAAAGACGGAGACGGAGAGCUAAUCAGUUUCGCAGAAACAAAACCGUCUCAUGCUUAAAAUUCCCCACCAGAUAAGGGACGGACGUUGCAUAACUGGUUCUUGUUUGAUGGUAUCUUUAUGACAUUGUCCUCACGUCGGUUUGGUAAAUCCUCUGAUGUUGAUGCAUCAAGCUCAAGGGAUUCGCCGGAACAUGCAGCUGCACUGCGCUUCACAAAGCCAGGGUCGAUAACAAUACCGUACAUACAUAUGGUACUAUUCUCUCACCUUUCAAGGGAACUGUAAACGACAGCCAUUUCGUCAAACCUUCGUCGGUUUUCAUAUCCGCAAUCUCUGCACCCACAACCACACAAAGAUCCGCAACUAUGUCGCAGUCAACAACGAUUUAUAUGUGCGAACCUGCACUACAAACCCCAACCACAGAGCUGGAUAGUCAUGUCGAUUUGAGCACUCCUCAACCCAGCUCAUGGGGAUUAUUCAACGCAGUUCUGCGGGUGGAUGUUCUUUUAAUCAACGCACUCGUCCUGCUCAAGCUGGCGAUGCAUUGGUGCUCCACAUCAGAUCAGUCCUCCAAGCAACUAGCAAGUCCACCACAGUCAUGCUUUCCCCGGGAAGACGGAUCCUCGGAAUGCUAUCAAAGUCGCGGGAGAUGCGGGUUGAUUGUACCAGCUGUCCUUAUUGCUCUUCUUCUGGCGUGUAUGCCGGUGGUCAAGGCCAUUGCCGACACGCGGUUGCCUUCAUUAAAACUAAGACCCGCUCUAAGGCAGCGGCGAGGAUUACCUAGAAAGCGCAAGACGAUUAGGUGGGCGAUGUGAAUGAAAUAGACUUUGGUAUCUACAUCUGAAUUAUCAAG